AUGCAGCAACCAAAGAAGUUGUGUUUGGAAGCAGUGCAACGAAUGUUGAGGUACGUCACAGAUACUAUUGAUUAUGGGCUCUUUUAUAAGAAAGGCGAUGGGGUUAAGAUUGUUGACUACUGCGAUAUUAAUUAUGCCGGAGAUCACGAUACUCGUCAAUCAACUACUGUGUAUGUAUUCAAGCUUGGAUCUAGAGUAAUAUCUAGGUGUAGCAAAAGGCAACCAACUAUACCCCUAUCAACCAUAAAAGCAGAAUACAGAGCAGCGACAAUGGCAGCUCAAGAGAGCAUGUGGUUAAUGCAGCUGAUAAAGGAUCUAUACCAGUCUUUAGAUUAUGCAGUACCACUUUAUUGUGAUAAUCAGUCUGCUAUUUGA